AUGGCCAAAAGAACGCCGGUAUAUUUCGUCUCUCACGGGGGCCCAAACACAAUGUACGACACGAAACACCCCGUGUAUCCCAAACUGCAGGCCAUAGGCAAGGAGAUCACAGAGCAAGUCAAACCUUCUGCAGUUGUCGUCUUCUCGGCGCACUGGCAGGCUGAACGACCCAACACAAUCGAAGUGAACGUCUCAGAGAAUGAGCCUCUGCUGUACGACUUCUAUGGCUUCCCAAGACACUACUACUCAGAGAAGUUUCCCAACAGAGGUUCUCCCGAGCUAGCAAAGAAGGUCAUGAACACACUGCGCGAAAAUGGCAUCAAAACCGAGACCGCAGAAAGAGGUCUGGAUCAUGGCGUCUUCGUCCCCUUCAAGGUCAUGUUCGACCCCAAGGACAACCCAUUGACCGUGCCGAUCGUGCAAGUCAGUCUUUUCGACGAUGAUACAGACGCUGAGGCACACAUCAAGUUAGGACGGGCAUUGCAGAAGUUGAGGGAGGAGAACAUUUUGAUUGUCGCAAGCGGCAUGUCCGUGCAUAAUCUGCGAGACUUCAUGAUGCUCAGAGGUGGCGGUAUGCCGAUGCCCUACGCGAGAAGCUUUGACGAAGCGUUGAAAGUCGCAGCCGAGACGAAGCCAGGGGAUCAUCGCGACGAGGUUAUGGUUGAAGUGCUGAAAAGGCGUGAUGCGAGGCAGGCUCAUCCCACGUUUGAGCAUCUGAUUCCGAUUCACAUUGCUGUUGGUGCGUCGGGUGAGGAUCAGGGAAAGCAAUUGUGGACUUUGGCAGAAGCGAGUAUGGCUUGGGCCCAAUAUAGGUUUGGAGAUGUAGCCGCCUAA